AUGCCAAGAUCAUUUGCAAAUCCUCGGAGUCUUCGUUCACGACGAGAAACCAGAGUAUUCAACAGUGCAGAGAAUGAAGGAGUCAAUCGAUUCUUCAAGUUCAGUAUUGAGAACACAACGGAUGUGAUGGAAGCUGGGCCUGGUUUUGUUACGACGAAUGGAUCCUCCGAAAAGCUAGACAAUAAUGACAAUAACAACCACCAUGAUCACAACAAUCACAACAGCGAUCACCACAAUCACAAUAAUGGGGAAUCUCAGCCGUACUUUGUGAGACCAAGUGACAGUACACCUAAUGUUGCCCCGGAGGUGAACGAUUGGACGUCCAUCAUGAUGCAAGGCAUGUUUCUAAACAAAGAGCAAAAAGAAACGGUAGAUCAAAUAUACAAAGACUUGAGAGACAUGUCUCCCUACGAUUGCGAGCAAGUGGAUAGCUAUUGGCAAAACCUCCGUCCACUGAUAUCCUACUUGGGUACCGAACAGGUGGCAAAGAUAUACGAUGCAUUACGAGUCGCCUACCGAGCCCAUCGAGGGCAAAUGAGAAAAAGUGGUGAACCAUUCAUUAUUCACCCAGUCGAGGUAGCCAUGCUGUUGGCUGGAUUGAAAAUGGACGGUCCUACUGUGAAGGCAGGUCUGUUACACGAUACUGUGGAAGAUACCGAGUUAACGUUUGAAUUGGUCGAGGACAUGUUUGGAACCGUAGUCCGAUCGAUUGUGGAAGGAGAGACCAAAGUUUCCAAACUUCCAAAGAUUGCCUUGUCGGAGAUUGCCGAUGAGCAGGCCGAGAACUUGAGGCAAAUGUUUGUGGCCAUGACGGACGAUUACCGCAUCAUCAUCGUCAAGCUUGCAGAUCGUCUGCACAAUAUGAGAACACUUCGGCACAUGAAGCCGGAGAAACAAAUCAAGAUUUCUCGAGAAACCCUGGACAUUUUUGCACCACUGGCACAUCGCAUGGGUAUUUGGCAGUUCAAGAGUGAACUGGAGGAUAUUGCUUUCAUGUACCUCUACCCUCAAGAGUACAAACGACUGAAUCGAAAACUGCAGCAACAUCAAGAAAAGUUCGAACAAGCUCUGACCAAAGCACAAAAGAUGCUUAGAGCCAGAUUGAACAUUGACCCUACACUAAAAGAUCAAGCUGUAGAAGUUCAGGUAUCGGGAAGAAUGAAGGAGAUAUAUUCUCUCUGGCACAAAAUGGAAACCAAAGGUGAACGAAAUCUGGAUCGUAUCUUAGAUGUUGUGGCACUUCGAGUCGUUAUUACACCCAAAUCGAACCCAGAAGACGACGAGAAUGAAACAGAUCGCGGCGUAUGGCUGUGCUACCAUGUCUUGGGAUUGGUGCAGCACUUGGACGGCUUCCAACCUGUUCCAACACGGGUGAAGGAUUACAUUUCGUUUCCAAAACCGAAUGGAUACCAAAGCUUACACACUGCCUUGAUAUUGAAUGGUCAAAAGAUUGAAGUCCAAAUUCGUACCAAGAUGAUGCACCAAGUUGCGGAGUAUGGUAUGGCGUCACAUUGGGCUUAUACUGAUGGAAAGCGCAGCGGUCAAGACUUGUAUAAUACUCCAUGGCUGGCAAGCAUCAAGGAAUGGCAGAACGAGAAAUUGAAUUCCCGAGACUUUGUUGACAGUGUUCGAAAUGAACUGCUGGGAAAGCGAGUCUUUGUUUUCUUGAGAAAUGGCAAAAUUUUGAACCUUGCUCGUGGAUCCACAGCACUUGACGCUGGUUUUCAAAUUCACACUCAAGUUGGUCUCAACAUGCAUGGUGUUGAAAUCAACGGUCGACCAGUUCCAAUUUCCUAUGAGUUACAGAAUGGCGAUGUCAUUUCUAUUCUGACCGGUGAAGGGAAACCAUCAACUGAUUGGAUAGGUAUCGUGAAGAGUAGGUCUUCGCGCUCAAAGCUGCGUUCUUACUUCCGAACAAAGCAAAAAGAAAGCUUGAUGGAGGUUGGAAAAAUUUUGCUCUUUGAUUAUCUAUGGAUUCAUGGAGAUCUCAUUUUGAAAUCAUCCUACAUUGAAGAAGAGUUCAGAAUACCUGUUACGGUCGAAGAACUUCAGAGUUGGCUUCCAGGGAAUACCAACUACAACGAAAUUGACGAUCUCCUAAUGACGAUUGGAAAACAGAACGAUCGCGACACGCUCCAUGCAUUUGCAUCAAAACUAUUCAAAGUGCCACUACGCGUGCUUGUUGAUGGCGAAAACGAACAAUCUCCAAUGGCAAAAACAGUUGCAGAUGCCGUCAAUUUGAUGCGGCAAGACGCGGAGAAUGCUGCAUUUGCGGCUACUGAAUCGUCAACUGAUACGAAUGGUGAGAGCUCCCCACCGCUGUCUUGGCCAAGAACAUCGACACCUCCUCUUCCACUUGAUACCGUUGUCGCAAACACUGUGAAGGGGAAGGUGGAAUACGCUGAUCCAGAACAUGUUUGCACAACUUGUCUUCCAAUCUACGGAGAUGAAAUUGUUGGAACACGACCAGAGAAUGACUACGAAGCAGUCACGACAGUUCAUAGAAUAGGAUGUCCUCAUGCUCAACGUGCCAUCAAUAUUGCUCUCGCAGAGAAUAAGACGCCAGCAAAAGACAAUUUUUUCCUUGGGUCUGGACAAAGAAUAGACAGCGUCAGCUUGCGAAGCGGAUUGAGAAACGGAACAACGGAGGGCCCUCCUGGUCUUCCAGUAAAGCUGGAAUGGUCAGAGCUAGACGCUGAAGACGAUUUCUUGUAUCCUUGUGAAGUUGUCGUUCACGCCGAAGAUCGAAAAUUGUUGUUGGCAGAUUGCUCUGAAGUUGUCUCGGAGUUAUCCGAGAUUGUCAAGACUGGUAGUCAAACAACAAAGGAGAGUGCAACACUAGUGUUCUUGAUCAACGUUCGAUGCCUUGCAGACCUACAGACAUUGAUGGACAGCCUUGGUCAGAUUCGAUCAGUAAUGGCUGUUGAACGACGAUUUGGAUCCCAGCUCCUUGACGUUUCACUCCCGUGA